UUGUGAAAAAAAAAAAAACAAGAUCGAGUAAAUAUUUUUCCAGACGUUUAUUUUCGCCAAAAUAACAACAUUUAUCAUGUAAUUGUAUAUAUAACUUGUGAUAUAAAUCAUGUUGUGUGUAUAUAAGUUAUUACUUUAAGUCCGGAGCCGCCAUUUAAGGUAUAAAUAAGCAGAUUUAUCGUUAAGACUGGAGAGACAAGAUUUAUGACGUACAGAACAACGAUGGCCAACAUGUGUUGUAUGACCGGCUGCACCGUGAAGCCCGCACAAGAUGUAUAUUAUUUCCCUUUGCCGACGAAGCCGCUGCUGCGCCGGCGCUGGCUGCAGGUCAUCGCCCCCGAGCGCAAGCUCGCGGCGGACGCGAGCGUCUGCAGCGCGCACUUCAGCCGCUCCGACUACGAGACCGUGCGCGGGAGGACGAGGCUCAAGCGGGACAGGGUGCCCGGCCACGUCGCUGAGAAGAAACAAGAUGGCGACCAUUCCGUCUCGAACGGUUCAAAAAUAACUAAAUCAUACAAAAAAAAGAAGAAUAUCGAAACUAAAAUCGACAAUGUAAUAGAAGAAUCUGUAGAGGACGGGGGGAAAUUGGAAAAUGGCUUGGAAGAUAGUAAAUUGACAGAAAACGAAGUGACGAUACCAGAUACGAUCUGUCAAGGAGCGAGCGAGACAAAUGGCCAAGGAAAGAAUGAGGCAGGAGACAAAAUGGAGACUGAGUCGGCUGAUGUUAACGGUGCGGAGUCACACGACCUGAACGCUGUGGAAAUACAAAUCACGCCGGACAUCAUAGAAGAUUACAAUCCCAUACAAGUGACGCCAGACAUCAUAGAAGACUACGAUGCUAUGAAGACCUCAGAUUCCCUGUGUCCGAGCGAACACGACAUCGAGGAUAUCCUCACGAAUUACCACAUCAUGCACCCGCCCGACCGCCGCGACCGGCUGCCCGAGAAACCUUACGAGAAACCCGUGGACAGUGGUGAUAAACCGGUCGAGAAACCGAGCGAAAAACAGAAUUCCAAUGAGAAACCUAGUGAGAAACAUACGUUAAGUGAGAAACUCAUUGAAGAAAACGACGUGCAGACGAUAGACGAUGACGACGACCCCCCAAUAGGCGUGUCCUCGGCGCCCGUGUUCAUUGAGAUUCCAGUCGAUAAAGGGCGCAACAGCGGGUCCGCGGACUGCCUGCUGGUGCUGGAGAGCGUGCAGGUCAGUGUGGACCCGCGUGCGCUCGCGCUGGCCGCGCGCGACUGCGACGACGACGACGAGGACAAGGGCUACGACCCCAUCAGCCUGCUGACGUCCAGCGACGAGGACGACGUUAUCAUACAAGAACCGCACGUGGACACAGUGGAAGUGUCCGACGAGACUGACGAAGAUGACGUCCCGCUCGUGAGACUGGUCAAGCACGAACCCGACACAGCGCUCACAGCGGACAUCGCCAAAGUGUUCUGGGGCGCACAGGAGUAUUACUGCACCCACUGCAAGUUUGUCACGUUCUCCUCGACACAGUACAGGAGACACGUCAAGACCCACACGACAACGGCCAUACAAAUAUGCCAAGUGUGCGGAUUCACAACAGCGAGCGAAUACCAAUUUUCAAGACACAAAAAGAAACACAAAGAGGACAAAAGAUACAAGUGCCACCUGUGUGAUUACAAAGCGAGACACAACAUGAGUCUCAUAUACCAUCUGAAAGUGCAUGAAAAAGAAGGAAGGAAGUCGGUGCGGUGUCAAAAUUGUGGUUUCAAGAGCAGUGUGCGCAGUGUUAUUUUAAAGCAUAUGAAAAGUUGUAGGAAAGUGUUUAAAUGUGAUAAGUGUAGAUAUUCCACUAAAAGGCGGUCGGAUUUGAAGCGACACGUGAAGAGAAAACACCAGGGCAGCGAUGACGACGACGAUACGUGGGUAUAACUGGCUAAUAUAUGUUUGGUCUUGUG